GAUGCCCAUUUAAAAAUGGCUCGUGACAUAUUUAUUCUGUGAGGUUAUUUUAAACAAUAUAUACAAAAAAAAAUAGGAAGUAAUUCUUAAUAAAAGAAAUAACACAAACAUUUAUACAAUGAAUAAUAGAGAUAUUUAUUUAUUACCAAAACUUAAAUCUGUUUUUAUUGAAGAAAAUUGGAAUGAAUUAUUAAAUCUUCUUAAUCCGAAAAUAUUUAGAAUUUCUGAAUCAGAGGAAUUAAUUGCUUUUUCAAUCUUAGCAAAAGUAGCAGAAAUUCUUACAACAGAAAAUCCUAUUAUUCCAAAUAAUAUAAAAAUUGUUUGUUUAAAAUGUUUAGGAAAUUCUUGUGUCAAUAGUUAUAUACAUAAAGAAUAUUCAAUUGAUAUUGAACGUGGAACGUACAAUCAUAAUUUAUAUUCUAUUUUAGCAAAUAAUGAAAAUAUUAAAGAAAUGGAAAUGUCUAAUUCUUAUCCAUUCAAUUCUCAUUUUCCUUAUGAAGGUAUCAUAGAUUGGACAUCAAACUUUAUUACAUCAUAUAUGUUGGAUAAUGAUUUGGUAGAUGAAAAAUUAGAAAUUUUAAGAUUAUGUAUUCAAUUCCUUUGUAAUCUAUUUACAUUUGCAUCUAUAAAAAACAGCGAUCAUCUAGAUCAAUAUAAUAUACCAAAAUAUUUAUAUGAUACUAAUUUAAAGGAUAUAAUAAUAAAUAUAACAAAUUCUGAACAUAUGUCACUCGUUAGAGCUUCAUGUGCAUUUAUACAUAAUGCUUUAAAAAAAUAUGAAGGAAAUACUUUUUUAGAAAGAGAAAAAAUACAUUUGUGUUCACAAUUGUUAAAACCAAUUAAACAAGAUUUUGAAAGUGCAAAAGAAGCUCUUAUGCUUUUAUUACUUGAAAGAAAUAUAUUAGAAAAUAUAUAUAAUGAUAUGACUAUUGAAAAUAAAUUAUAUUUAUUAGAAAUCAUUUGUAAUGAACUCUCGAACUCGAUACAUAAAUCUAAAAGCGAAUAUAUAUUUACAAAGGAUACAAUUGAAUUUUUGAUUGAAAGAUUUUGUAAUAAAAGUGAUUUAAUUUUAAAAACAGUGGACAUAUAUUUAGAUGAAAUGGAACCUAUAGAAAUUGUUAUUCUUCUUGAUAUUAUUGGAAUCUUGACAUCAAAAUUUUGUGAAGAAUAUAAUUUUCUGAAUAAUUAUAAGAAUUUACUUAUUAAUUGUACUUAUUUAUUAAAAUCUAUUCAAAUGAUUGGAAAACAAUCAGAUAAUCAUUUUACACCAUUACAAAAAUUAAGUGAUAUAACUUUAGCAAUGAAAGGAUUAACAAAUAAUAAUUCAGAGGCAUUUUCAAAUAGUAUAGAAUUUAAAGAAAAUAGAAAUAAAUUGAAUUCAACGAAAAACGAUUUUCAGAAUCAUCCUACAUUUGGUUUUAAAGCUGGUUUAAUAAGGAUUAUUGGAAAUAUGUCGUAUAAAAAUAAGGAAUAUCAAGAUCUUCUUCGUGAAAUGGACGUUAUUCCCUUGCUUCUGGAUUGCUGCAAUAUAGACGCGAGAAAUCCACUUAUAAUGCAAUGGACGAUCCUCGCGCUGCGGAAUUUAUGUGAGGAUAAUCCUUCGAAUCAAGAGAUCAUCCGGAAUAGCAGUAGAAUCGGCGUUGUGGAGAAUAGUGUGCUACAAGAAAUGGGUGUCACGCUGCACGAGGAUGAGGAAGGAAAAAAGAUCGGAAUCGUGCCUUUACCGCGUGAAUGAAAAUAACAUUAUUGAAUUUAAUAUAUAUUAAAUUUUUAAUCAAUAUAUUUAAUUAAUUAAAUUUAUUAUUUUAAAUUGAAUCUUUUUAACGAAAUUUUUCCAAUCGUUCACAUAGAUUGGAAUGAAAAAGAGAAUUGAAUGAAUUGAGAUAAUGAAAAAUUAAUGUUCUGAUAUUUGGAAAUUGAUUCUGAUAUUUUUGGAUAUAAGAUAAAGAAUGUAUUGUAGUAAUAAUUAAUAUUUGGUUUAUUUUUUAUAUUUUUAGAUUAAUUUCUUUCGAUUUGUUUCUUUUUAUUUUGAUGAAUCAAAAUUAUAAUUUCAAUCAAUUAUUCAUAAAAAUUCAGACAGAUAAUAUAAAAUAAUAAAAUGAAAAAUGUAACAGUUAUAAAAUUCAUUUAUUCGGUGGUAUAAUUUUGAAUUAAAGGAAUAGUGGUUUCUUUGGCGAGACGAUCGUUUUCUCAUGAACUCGAUCGGUCAUCAGAUGCAUAAUCACAGUACUCAUGUUAAUUAUAUUAGUAUUUACUAGCAUAUAUAUAUCGAUACUUCUCCGGAUAAGGUAUCGGUGAUCUCUUUAUCGGGAGUUAGACCGCAAUAAUUAUUCGAGAGUUAGACCGAUUGCAAACGUAUCUCUCGUGGCGUGUGUUGACUGUAAAAUAAGCCUACAAUUAUAGUACAUGAUAGGUACCAUUACAUGAAAUAUGAUAUCAUAUUGCGUAAAGAGACAUUAUAUCUGCAUUCGCGGCCAACUGAUUUACGAUACAAUAAAAGCUGCCACGGGUUCACGGUCUAUUAGCAGUUACUAAUGCAGUUAUACAACUGUACUUUCGCAUCUGUCAUGCGAAUUUGUUUUCAAACAUCUAUUUGCCAUCAUCUAACGCCUGGUGACAUCGCUAGAUUUGUUAUUAUUCUUAUUAUUAUUUUUCUAAAAAACGAAUUGUUUUGAUUUCUUUAAAAAUUUAAAUUGAACUAUUUCGGUUUUUCUUUAAGAUUUCUUGUUCUCUAAAUAUUGAUUCGAAUUGAUUAAAAAUAAAUUAAUUUUUGUUGAUAUAAAGAAAAUAAUUUAUUCAAAACGAAAAUGAUCCUCUCGCUCUUAUAAAUUUAAAACAUAUUUUUUUUUUUAAAUCUUUAAUUAUUUAUUUCUUUCUAUUUCUAAUUAUUAAUAUCUCGAUUAACGCAUUUUCUUCUUCUAAAUAGAGAUCAUUAGUUACAAAUCAUUAUUUAUUUAAUAUAUCAUUACUUCAUGCGUAAAUUAAUAAAAUUUGUAUCAUUUAAAGUACCUAUACAAUACCAAUAGAAGAUAAAGUUUUAAAAAUUACAAAUAAAAAUUAUUAUUACUCAAUAAGUAAAUUAUAGUUGUGUUAUAAUAUAUUAUACGUAUAUUAUAAAUAUAUUAAAAUUGUUAAUAUAUUAUACAAUAUUUAUAUCGCAUAAUAAUCAUUUCUUCUUUUAAUCAAUAGUGGCGGUAAUUUUGAAUUUCUCUUUUGCCACCAACGUUGUUUCGACAACUAGAUCCAUAUUUUCUCGGGUUUGAAUAGAAAUCGACAGGUAAUUACAUUGAUAUCGCGAUAGAAAUUCGUUUAAAGUGAGUCACAGUUUAUGUAAAUGUUUUAUAAAAUAUAAUGAUACGUUUCUAUCAAUACGCGAACAUGAUUCACGAUCUAAUCGAGUCUAACCAACUGUUCGUUGAUUUAUGGUCUAUUGUACGUAAAGAAUUACAUCCCGUUCAUACAUUUUCGUGUUUUAUUAUUAUUCAUUAUCAAAUUACCUUACAUUUUUUAUUUAAUUGUUAUUUAAUUCGGAUAAUCCAUUCAAUGAACGUAAAAAACAUAGAUCAUAAGAAAAUUAUAAUGUAAAAAAAUUAUAGAUUUCGAAUAAGAA